AUGCCUCCAAAGAUCGACCUUGAGCCUUACAAAGCCGAGAUCCUUGAUCUCCUCUCUCAAAAGACCACCCAUCAAGCUAUUUUUGAGAUUCUUUAUGAUAAAUAUCAGAUCCUCGUCCGCCCAACUACCUUCAAGAGGCACCUCCGAGAAUGGCAGUCUCCAGUACGUACCAAGAAAGUCGAUAUCUAUGGUCGCGUCGAAGAGUUACUACCUCGCCAUAAUACACGGGAUAUACUAAAGAUUCUGGAGAAGGAGGGUAUACCAUGCUCAGAACGGACUAUCCGCAGGGUUCGGGCUGGUCUUGGUAUUAAACUUCGGCUUUCUCCUGAGGAGCGAGAGCAAGAGCUUGAUGAUAUUGAAGCUAUCCUUAUUUCUGAGUCUAUCAUUGGCGAUAUUGAAGACUUUGGGCGCCGUACUCUGUACCGCAGUAAGCGUUCAGCGCCAAAGUCUCGAUGCUUUUGCGGUCCAUGGCUUCCAACCAAGGAGGUUUCGGUCUGA